GAUCAACAGCAACAUUUCCCCCCGUUAUGGCCACCCCGGUGUUGGUGGUUGUGCGGGGGGGGAAACUGAUAUGGGACCGAAUACUGUGAGCGGUCAUAAGCUCUUACAGUUGUAUAGCCAUAAUUAUAACUUACCGCAGAUCAGCUGUGAGUCAAACUGCUGCGACAGGACGACUGGCACCGGCGCCCAACCACGAGACUAGAAAUGUCUGAACCCGUAACAUCAGCAUCAGACUGUCAGAGGCGGGAAAACGUCUGCGAGGUCUCGACACUGGAUGGAGAUGUUAAAGAGAAGCUACACAUAGACCCUGAGCAACCAGAGAAGAUCCGCAUUGUUCCCAUCCACCUGCGUCCGGACCUGCUCGCUCCCUGCUCAGACCUGGUCAACUCCGAGUGGCAGAGGAGCCAGGCCGCACGGAUUCACUCUCUCCAGAAAUCCUGCUCAGAGUUUCCCGUCAACCUGGUUCUCCUGCAGGGCCGCAGAGAGACAGAGAGGCUGCUCGGCCACGCCAGGCUGUCCCGGGUCGUGGGUCGCAGCAGCAGCCUUUUUGUUGAGUCGGUAGUUGUGUCCAAGGCGGAGCGAGGCAAGGGCUAUGGCCGCACUCUGAUGGAGGAGACUGAAUGCUACGCCAGAAAUCGAGGGUUCAAGCGCCUCUGUCUUACUACCCAUGAUAAGCAGCACUUCUACGCCCACCUUGGCUACGUGCUGUCGACACCAGUACAGAAUGCAGGGGCCAUGACGGCAUUUAUUCCCAUGGAGACGCUUCUCAGGUUUUCCAGAAUGCCGAGCGAGGACACGAGUGUGCAAAAACAAACAAAGAUGUGUGCUCAAGGGAACAGAGACUCAGGAGGCGCUUAUGCUGUAGGGUCAUCUCUGCUCUUUAGGUUACCUCCUCCUCCACCACCACUUCCUCCCACUAUCCCUUGUCCUCCUCCUCCUCCUCCUCCUCCUCCUCCUCCUGAGUCUACAGGACAGCUUAUAGUUCAGACUCUGACCGACACUCCCUACAGAGACGCCAAAGGAGUUCCCAUCUAUUGGAUGCACAAGGACAUUUGAUGACCACUGUCAGACACAUUGCAUUUACCCAACAUAAUUCACACACCAAAAGACAGAAAUAAGUACAAACAUAAAAGGCACACACAUAUUUCUCUUUGACAAAGAAAUGAGUAAUGGAGGAAAUUGUGUGUAAAACUUGAGAGAGGCACAGAGCUGUGCUAGCAAACCAAAGAAGUACACAUCAGUACACUUCCAUUUAGACACCCACAGUCAUGCUCUAAACUCUCCUCAAGACUGUUACUUUUUUCACAUCACAGUCUGCAGAAAUACAUCCCAAGACGAUGUGUAAACUCAACAUAUGUGUACCUGGACAUCUGCACUGCUGCAGUUAGUCAAAGAGAUGUGAUGACUUCUGUGAAAAUAAGGACCUGAGCAUCUUUAAUGCUUCAGCAAGCUGGGAAUGAUUGAAGUUUCACUCAAAAAUGUGCUUUUAAAAAAAAAAUUUAGUUAUUGAUGUGUGAGCCUCACUGUGCACAGUAAUUUAUCAGGAUGACUGUUGGCCCGUUUGCUGCACAGACUGGAUCUGCAGCAGCAGAAUUAAAAUCAUUGGCUCAGUUUGCUGCGUUUACUUCAAAAAAGUCUUUAAUAAGCCCGGCUGAGCAUUUUUCUGUUUAUUCAUGUGAUUUGUACUCUAGGUUUUGAGGUUUGAAUGAAACAAGAAUCAAUA